AUGCCGCCUCGAAAGUCAGACGCUACCAAGGCUGCCGCGGCGGCAGCAGUAUCAGACCCAGCAAGUACCGAUGACGACAAACCGAAGGGUCGAGGUAGAACCAACGUUGAUGACAACACACUACCCAAAACUAUCGUGACGAGGCUGGCGAAGGGUAAUGUGCCUUCAAAUACACAGAUCCAGAAAGAUGCUGUUACCGCGCUAUCGAGGAGUGCUACGGUCUUUAUCAAUUACCUUGCCAGCAUGGCAAAUGAUAUUACAAAGAUGAAAGAUAGGAAAACCAUCAUGCCAGAUCAUGUAAUUGAGGCUAUAGACCAGAUUGAGUUCCCUGGGCUGAGGGAAAGGCUAGAGGGUGAACUCAGACUUCGAGGGAUUGAAACAGAAUUCAACAAGAUUCAAGAAAAUAAAAGGAAAAAAGCGAAGGAAAAGAAGCAGGGCGAUACAACAGCGGAUCCAAUGUCUGAGGAUGAAUCUGCGAGGCCGUUGAAAAGACAACGGAAGUCGGUAGCAAAUCAAAAAGAAGACGAGGACGAUGGUGCUGUGACGGAAGGCAAUAUUCUCGAGGAUGGCAGUCAGGACGAGGAAGAGGAGGAAGAAGAGGGUGGGGAUGAAGAGGAAGCUGAGGAAGAGGGUGAGGAAUCCGGCGAAGGGGGAGAAAGUGGUGACGAAGAACCACAGGACGGAAUGGAAGAUAUAAUUGAGGAUAUAGAUUUAGACGAAAUUGGGCAAGAAGAUGAUGAGGCUUUGGAUUACGGGAGCGAUAGUGAUUGA